CCGGCAACGGCACCCGGGGCCCCGGGGGCGGCGGGGCCAAGCGGCAGCUGGUGUACGUGUUCACCACGUGGCGCUCGGGCUCGUCCUUCUUCGGCGAGCUCUUCAACCAGAACCCCGAGGUGUUCUUCCUCUACGAGCCCGUGUGGCACGUGUGGCAGAAGCUCUACCCCGGGGACGCGGUCUCCCUGCAGGGGGCGGCGCGGGACAUGCUGAGCGCGCUCUACCGCUGCGACCUGUCGGUUUUCCAGCUCUACAGCCCCGCCGGCAGCGGGGGGCGCAACCUCACCACCCUGGGCAUCUUCGGCGCCGCCACCAACAAGGUGGUGUGCUCGUCUCCCCUCUGCCCCGCCUACCGCAAGGAGGUCGUCGGCCUGGUGGACGACCGGGUGUGCAAAAAGUGCCCGCCCCAGCGCCUGGCCCGCUUCGAGGAGGAGUGUCGCAAGUACCGCACGCUGGUCAUCAAGGGCGUGCGCGUCUUCGACGUGGCCGUGUUGGCGCCUCUGCUGAGGGACCCGGCCCUGGACCUCAAGGUCAUCCACCUGGUGCGCGACCCCCGGGCCGUGGCCAGCUCCCGCAUCCGCUCUCGCCACGGCCUCAUCCGGGAAAGCCUGCAGGUGGUGCGCAGCCGGGACCCCAGGGCCCACCGCAUGCCCUUCCUGGAGGCCGCCGGCCACAAGCUGGGGGCCAAGAAGGAGGGCCUGGGCGGCCCGGCGGACUACCACGCCCUGGGUGCUAUGGAGGUCAUCUGCAACAGCAUGGCCAAGACCCUGCAGACGGCCCUGCAGCCCCCUGACUGGCUCCAGGGCCACUACCUGGUGGUGAGGUACGAGGACCUGGUGGGGGACCCGGUGAAGACCCUGCGGAGGGUCUACGGCUUUGUGGGGCUGCUGGUGAGCCCCGAGAUGGAGCAGUUCGCCCUGAACAUGACCAGCGGCUCGGGCUCCUCCUCCAAGCCUUUCGUGGUGUCAGCCCGCAACGCCACCCAGGCCGCCAACGCCUGGCGGAGCGCGCUCACCUUCCAGCAGAUCAAACAGGUGGAGGAGUUUUGCUACCAGCCCAUGGCGGUGCUGGGCUACGAGCGGGUCAACAGCCCGGAGGAGGUCAAAGACCUCAGCAAGACCCUGCUCCGGAAGCCCCGGCUCUGAGAGGGGGUCCCCCGCCCCCCACUCCCCACCGGAGGGACCGGACUCCCCGCCGAGGCACCCGCAAAGAGGAUGGCGUUGUGUCCAAACAAACACGGCCCAGAUCCAAGCUGAGGAAGCCCACAUAUUCUGUGAUAGAUAUAUAUUAUAAAUAACCACACAGGCACUUUUGCUGUCAACGUUUUGAGUCAGUGACUUUCAAGGAACAGCCUCAACUCACGGGCGCGCGCUCGCUCGCGCGCUCGCUCGCGCGUGCGCGCACACACCUCGGAAAAGGCAAGACGUGAAAGUUCUGACAGAUUGCCUUGGGCCCUCACCUCUUCUCCCUCUUCCCUUCUCAUCCCUUCCCCCGCCCCCACCUCCAUCCCCGAAGUGGAAUGUCGCUAAAUCAAGUUCCAGUAACCCAAAUCUUGUUUACAGAAUUUCCGUGGUAUCUGUGAAAGUGUUAAAAGAGUAAUUUGGAUGUGGGGUGGGUGGAGGAAGGGGAAGUGGUCCUCAGAGCAGAAAGCCCCCCCCCCCCCCCACUGGGCUGGUAAACCAAGGAGGCAGUCUUCAAAAGUAGACUUUCCUGUAAAGAGCAAAGGUUACGUGUGAGUAUUAAUAAAGGAGAUAAUAAAUAAUAUUCUUUUUUUUUUUUAAUAUUUGCCUCCAUUACUCUGGAUUUGCCAGUGCUUUCUGCUCCCCUCCUCUCCGUACAUUUCCAGCUAGCUACCUGGGGCACAGCUAAGCUGGGAGAAACCUCUGCCUUCAUGAUAACUGAGAGUUGUUUUCUCACAUGUAAAUCAUUGCCUGCCAGGUGCCCAGCAAUGGAACAAAUCUUCUACGGGCAAAACCAAACAGGGCAGAGAAGAAAGAGCACACACUACCGCCCUGUUCCGCGCUGAGCACAGAAAGGAAGAAAUGAGCCCUGGAGAGUUGAAGGCAUUCGGCUUUGAUUACUACUGCGCUGAGUGGAGACAGGCUACCUGGAAGCAGAGACUGGUGUUUUUGUUCUGAAGUUGUUUGGGGGGGGGGGUGGGGGAGGAGGAGGAAAGAUUGAAAGCAUAGAAUUUUCUUUUUCAAAAAAAGUUCUGAUGACUAGAAUACAAGUCUCGAAAUGGAGUGAACAGUCUUGGUGGUGGUAGCGGCAGCGGCAGCUUCUCUAGUUAGUGGAGUAACAGAAAUGUGUGUCUGGGGUGUUCUUGUGUGUCUUUGACACAAUGACCAGAGGCAUAUGAGAGCAAAGAAGUUUUAGCUGAGGACUGGAGGGGCACUCACAGGUUUCCUUUUUUUCCUCAUGUCCCAUCCAAAUAAUACUAAAGGACAGGAAUUUGAAAUGGUUUGCUUGGGACUUGGGUCGUCCUGGGAAUAUGGUAUUCUCUUUAUUUCCUAAAAGCAAAUUUGCAAAACAAGGUACAUGUUGCAAACAGUGUAGGGUGUUAGCUAAGAACCUUUAGAUACUAAAAUGGUUCUGAGGAAGAGGAAACAGAAGUGCAUCAGUGUGUAGGAUUUUGAGAUCUGGCAUUUUCCGGUGAGAAAGCUAUUGAAUUUCCCAGCAGUGGUUAUGAUACUCCUAUGUCCUGAACUCAUAUUGUGCUCAAGUAUGCUGUAUGGUGUUGUGUUACGAUACGAAAUUAUGAAGUUCAAAUAGGACAAACAAACAGUAUGGUUGUAUAUUGUAUAUUAUAUUAAAUACGGUACAAGUCCCGUAUCCCUGCAGCUUUAUUUUAAUGUAAUUUAUUAUGAGAUUCUGGAAAGCCAACAAGUGUGGGUUAAAUGCUGAGGACUUUCUUUAAAAAAAAAAUAUGUACAUAGGAAAUGUUUUAACAUGAGGCGAUUCUUGAGUUUAAUUAUCAUUACAAUGUGAAAUCCAAGAUAAAGAAGCACAUUUUAAAAAAGGUGUAUCUGAAUGGUUAUUUCUUAAUGUACUGAGAUUGUUUCCCACGUGUUCUUCUUGAGGUAGACUGCUAGGAUACCACUAAUCAAGAUUUCCAGGAUGUUUUUAUGGUAGUGCCUUCAGCAGCAGGGGAAUCUUUGUAAGAGCUCUCAUUUAAGAAUACUUUAAAAUUAAAUGAACAAAAUAAAUAUUAAUGUUGGGUGCCUAUAGAUGAAAAAGGUUUAGCAGCAAAUUAAGGUAGUGUCAUUAAAAAACAAUGACUCUGGAUAAAAAUAACCAUUUAAAAACAAAUUUUAUAUGGCAUUAGAAUCUACUUUUAUCAGCCACAGUGAAAUUCAUGUCUUGUCGAGCAAAAGAUUUUUAAGCAGUUGACUCCAUUCUUCCCUGGUGUAUUCACACACUUGGAUUGCACUAGAAUAGAAUUAUGUAUUUGGAUCUUGUAUUUAAAACUUAUUAGAUGUUGUACAGAGCCUUGAAGCUUGCACGGCAUUCAUGGCCUCUGCUAAGAGGAAAGUCUCAGCUAAUGCCAAUAGCUCUCCUCUCCUCUAUUUGCACAGAGUUUCUGUCUAUUUUUCUUGUUUUGUAGCAGCUGCUUUCUCCCUACUCUGCUACUCCAGGGCUCUGCAAUUUGAAAAGGUGAAUUGCUGCUCCUAGAGAUUUGUACCUAGCUGCAUUCUAGGAAAGUGAGAUGGGUGUUGUUCCCACGAGAGGCUAACAUAGUCAUAUCAGUGACAUUUAGCUGCCAGAGCUCGGGAGAAGGGAGGGAAGUAUUUUUGGCGUUAACAAGCUCUUGUCAGCCCCUGGUGCAAGCAGACCUGUUUCACGACAAACUGCAACAGGGCUGUGACCGUUUCUGAAGCACUGUGUAUGAGAGGGGAGCCUUUCACAUUUCCCAACCUAGCAGGAUGUCCAUCAGCAGGAGGAAAUACUCCUCUGAGCAGCUUAUCUGUCAGAGAGAUUCUGUUUGUAAGUUCUGCCUGACUGGUAGCACGCCUGGCUUAGCCCAUAGACUUUGGAAUGUAGUUGUUAAUUAGAAAGCUCCAUUUAGAGAGUAAAGUCCAGGCAGGGCAUUUAGUCAACAAAUAGGAAUUUGGAUCAAGACAGAGGCUCAGGCUGGGUGCUUGAGUUUCAGGACUGUCUGGGCCAACAGCUGCAUUCACUGAAGGGCAAAUUGUUGCCCUUCACCAUCUACCCACAGUGAGUGCUUGGUAAAUAUUUGUUAAUAAGUGAAUGAAAUGCAUAACUAUCGACUACUGAAGAUAUUUAGAGGGAAAGAGAGAAAGACUGUUAGUCUGGACAGAGAAAGUGUCAGGCUUCUGGGUGAGGCUGUGGUCCACAGGCUCUGGGUAGAUGUGAGGAACAAUCAAUGGGGCGUCUGCAGCGUUUCCAAGGUGACACAGAUCUUUAAUUCCCACCAAGGAAUUAGGAAGGACUGUAGAGCUUAUUAAUGUGGAGAGACAAAAAAUUCAAAAGAAGGAAUUAAACUUUCAGUAUUAAUUUUUCUAGAUAACACGAACACACAGAAGGGCAGGGAUUGCCUGGGUGCCUAGGGGUGGUCUCUGAAGUCCAUUUUCGAAGAAACUGUCCUGAGAUCUGUAAAGGUGUAGGCUGGAGAAUCAUGUUGUAAACUGUGGCCAGGCAGAGCAAUGGCUACUGUCAGAAAGCCCCUCCCACUGUGGAGGCAGAGUGAGGCAAAUGUUGUCUAAGGUUUCUGUCACUCACUGGAUUAUGCUACUGGCUUGAAAUGAAUGUGAAUUUGGGUGUGAAACUAUUAAGUUAAUUUUCCCUGGGCACUGAUUAAAUAAAGAUCGUCUUUGA